UAGUGCAAGGGAUCGGAAGAGCAUUAGCAAAUAGCCAAGGAAGAAAACGAACGCCCCACCGCCAGUACACACCCACCCGGCCGCCAUGGUGGUGAGCAAUCACGAGGCGGGAGGACGGCUUGUCCUAGUCGUCGUCGGCCUGAUGCUGAUGACGAGCGCUGCGACGACGACUGAUGGGGACGCCGCCGCCGCCGCCGCCGCCGCCGGGGGGGCUCCUCUCCGCUUGAGCGCCGGCAGCACUACUAACGCGCAGGUCGCUCAAGACGGGAGGCCCGGCAGCUACCCCACCAUUUCCCAGGCGCUGGAGCAUGCGCCUACGCACGAGUACGAGCAUGUGGUCUUCAUCGGCAAGGGCACCUACCCAGAGACCCUGACCAUCACGAGGCCAAACGUGCGCCUCGUCGGCGAAGGCAUCGGCAGGACGAUCAUCACAGGAAACCGAUGCAAACGAACGGGAUAUGAUACCGCAAGUUCUGCAACAGUCAGCGUGCUCGGCCAAGGCUUCAUGGCGCGAGAUCUGACCAUUGAAAAUACCGCCGGCGUGGAUGCGGGCCAAGCUGUAGCUUUGCGGAUGUCGUCUGACAAAUCGGUUUGCUACCGAUGCGAGCUGCGGGGUUUCCAGGACACGCUGUGGGCUGACGCUGGGGACCAGUUCUACCGGAGCUGCAUCAUCACAGGGACGGUCGACUUUAUUUUUGGGAACGCCCGCGCCUAGCUUGUUCCAGGACACCAAGGUCCUCGCGCGUCGUAACGGCCACAACGUCGUCACGGCCCAAGGACGCGACGGGCCUGACCACCGGUCAGGUUUUGUUUUAAUUCCAGGGCUGCUCCGUGGCCGCCGCCGCCGCCGCCGCACAAGACGCGGCAGGAGCGGCCACCACCUUCCUCGGGAGGCCGUGGCGGGACCACAGCCACGUCGUGUUCGUGGACUCCUACUUGGA